UGCAUACCCUUUCCCCCCCUGCCUGCCACCUUGCUGAACGAAUUUGUCACUUCAUUCUUCUCUUUCCGCAGCUCGGCAUCAAGCUCUGAAGAACGUUGCCCUCCGCCCACUUCUUUGGCCAGGUAGAUAUCUCUGCUCGCGCAUUUCUUUCUAACUUGAAGUUCUGUAAUCAGCAUUUGGUUAGGAUUUGAUUGGUUAUCAGUUAACGAGAGGUUCAUUCUAGCUCGGAAAGCUAUGGAUUUGGUAUUGUCGGUUUCCCUUUCUCAUUUCUAUUCUGUUCUCGGGUUGAAUUCAAUUAGGGGCGAGUUGGAGUUAGAGUAAGCUUCCUGUUUUCACGACGCAUUUAUUUGAAUUAGGGCAACUUGGUUGCUGGUGCGAACUUCGUUUACUCGUGUAAUAAAUGGAGGAGCAAUCAGUAACACCUCCCGGGAAGCGGAAGGCGCCCGAGGAAGGCGAAGUUGAGGAUACCCCUCGGCAGGAUUCUGCUCAGAAGCGUCAGAAUGCGUUGAGGAGUUGCGUGCAUGAGGUAGCAGUGCCUAGUGAUUAUACCUCUCCUAAAGAUGGAGUUGACUAUGGAACUCUGUCGAAUCCAGUGUACAACGGUGAGAUGGCCAAAACCUACGAGUUUGUGCUUGAUCCGUUUCAGAAGGUAUCGGUUGCCUGUUUGGAAAGAAAAGAGUCUGUUCUUGUCUCUGCGCAUACUUCGGCUGGGAAGACAGCAGUGGCUGAGUAUGCGAUUGCAAUGGCAUUUAGAGAUAAGCAGAGGGUCAUAUAUACUUCCCCGCUGAAAGCUUUGAGUAACCAAAAGUAUAGGGAGUUGCAGCAUGAGUUUGAAGAUGUUGGUUUGAUGACUGGUGAUGUGACGCUCUCACCCAAUGCUAGUGUUUUGGUGAUGACAACGGAGAUUCUUAGGGGAAUGCUUUACCGGGGAUCACAGAUUUUGAAGGAAGUUGCAUGGGUUAUCUUUGAUGAAAUCCAUUACAUGAAAGAUCGUGAGCGAGGGGUUGUUUGGGAGGAGAGUAUCAUCUUUUUGCCACCAGAGAUUAAAAUGGUUUUCCUCUCUGCCACAAUGUCGAAUGCUACAGAGUUUGCAGAGUGGAUUUGCCGUGUGCACAAGCAGCCUUGUCAUGUGGUGUAUACUGAUUUCAGGCCGACUCCUUUGCAGCAUUAUGUCUUCCCUGUGGGUGGAUCUGGCCUAUACCUUGUUGUUGAUGAGAAUGAACAGUUCAGAGAAGAGAAUUUUAUGAAGCUGCAGAAUUCCUUCUCAAAACAGAAAGCCGGUGAUGGGAAUAAGAGUGCUAAUGGUAAAGGAGGCGGUAGGAUUGUGAAAUCUGGGAAUGCUUCUGGAGGGUCAGACAUAUACAAAAUUGUAAAGAUGAUUAUGGAGCGGAAGUUUCAACCUGUUAUCGUUUUCAGCUUUAGUAGAAGAGAGUGUGAACAGCAUGCAAUGUCCAUGUCUAAGCUGGACUUUAAUACACCAGAGGAGAAGGAAAUGGUGGACCAAGUGUUCAAUAAUGCAAUACAAUGCUUGAAUGAAGAAGAUAGAAGUUUGCCUGCUAUUGAAUUGAUGUUGCCACUACUUCAGCGAGGUAUCGCUGUACAUCAUUCUGGUCUGCUUCCUGUCAUUAAGGAAUUGGUCGAGCUUCUUUUCCAAGAAGGCCUUGUAAAGGCAUUAUUUGCUACAGAAACAUUUGCAAUGGGUUUAAACAUGCCUGCCAAGACUGUUGUUUUUACAGCGGUUAAGAAGUUUGAUGGUGAUAGUCACCGUCACAUAGGAUCUGGUGAAUAUAUCCAGAUGAGUGGAAGAGCUGGUCGGCGUGGCAAAGAUGAUCGCGGUAUCUGUAUCAUAAUGAUUGAUGAGCAGAUGGAGAUGGAGACUCUCAAAGAUAUGGUUCUGGGUAAACCAGCUCCUCUAGUUAGUACUUUUAGGCUGAGCUACUAUUCCAUUUUAAACUUAAUGAGCCGUGCGGAAGGCCAGUUCACUGCCGAGCAUGUGAUUAGAAAUUCGUUCCACCAAUUUCAAUAUGAAAAGGCUUUACCUGAUAUUGGCAACAAGGUUUCGAAACUCGAACAGGAAGCUGCUACCUUGGCUUCAUCUGGAGAUGGCAAAGUUGCUGAAUAUCAUAAGCUGAAGCUAGAAAUAGUGCAACUAGAGAAAAAGAUGAUGACAGAAAUCACAAGGCCUGAAAGAGUACUUUAUUAUUUAUGCCCUGGUCGACUGGUACGUUCUGGAGAUAAGUGUAUUGGUGUCUGAAUGAAGCUACAAGGCUAAUUUCUGAAUGUAUAUUAUUUGGAAGUUGUCUUCUUUGAGGUUUAUCAUUUUUGCUACUAAUCUUCAUUUAUAUCUCAUUUCAAAUGUCACCUAGAUUCUGUUUUGAAUCCUUCAUCCGUGGGAUAGGUAUAGUAUCUCCGUGCUAACGGCCCUUUUGAAAAUUACUCAUAUUCUAGUCUGUGGUUUGGCAGUUAUGUGUGUCGUAAUAACCAAUGCUGAUGCUGUUACCAUGUAGACUAUAAACGACAUCCUCCUCAUGUUUGUUUAUCUUUUUCUGCAGGUCAGAGUCAGAGAAGGUGGAACAGAUUGGGGUUGGGGAGUUGUAGUGAAUGUUGUGAAGAAGCCCUCUUCAGGGAUGGGUGCACUGCCCUCUCGUGGUAGUGGCUACAUAGUGGAUACUUUACUUCACUGCACACAGGGACCAAGUGAGGGUGGCUCAAGGCCCAAACCUUGUCCUCCCCGGCCUGGGGAGAAAGGAGAGAUGCAUGUGGUCCCUGUUGAGCUCCCUCUGGUUUCUGCUCUCAGUAAAGUGAGAAUUACCAUUCCAUCUGAUCUCCGACCAUUAGAAGCAAGGCAAAGUAUACUUAUAGCAUUGGAAGAACUAGGAUCUCGGUUUCCUGAAGGUCUUCCAAAACUUAAUCCAGUGAAGGAUAUGAAAAUUGAAGAUCCUGAAAUUGUUGAUUUGGUCAAGCAAAUAGAAGAACUGGAAAGGAAGUUACAUGCACAUCCUAUGCAUAAGUCUCAAGAUGUGAAUCAAAUUAAAAGUUUCCAAAGGAAGGCAGAGGUGGAUCAUGAAAUUCAACAACUCAAGUUAAAAAUGCGAGACUCUCAGCUGCAAAAAUUUCGUGAUGAACUUAAGAACCGUUCACGAGUCUUGAAAAGACUAGGUCAUAUAGAUGGCGACAGUGUUGUUCAGCUAAAGGGUCGGGCAGCCUGUUUGAUAGACACAGGAGAUGAACUUCUUGUAACCGAACUCAUGUUUAAUGGUACCUUCAAUGACCUUGAUCAUCACCAAGUUGCAGCUCUUGCAAGUUGUUUCAUUCCGGUGGACAAAUCAAACGAGCAAAUACAUUUGAGAACCGAGCUUGCUAAACCAUUACAGCAGCUCCAAGAAAGCGCAAGAAAAAUAGCAGAGAUACAAUACGAGUGCAAGUUGGAAAUAAAUGUAGACGAGUACGUCGAGUCAACUGUGCGGCCAUUCUUGAUGGACGUGAUUUACUGUUGGUCAAAGGGAGCUAGUUUUGCAGAAGUUAUACAGAUGACUGAUAUCUUCGAGGGCAGUAUCAUUCGAAGCGCCAGACGGUUGGAUGAAUUCUUGAACCAGUUACGUGCAGCUGCUCAGGCCGUCGGAGAAACCAGUUUGGAGGAGAAAUUCGAAGCAGCUUGCAAAAGCCUUCAACGUGGGAUUAUGUUCGCAAACUCUCUGUAUCUGUAAGCGCUACUAAUCGUUGUUUUGCAAUGCAUGGGACAGUUAUUCGACAAAAGAUGGAAAUGGAAAAAAGCUCCACCUCCUGUAGUGAUGUGAAUGCCUCCCCUUCCAUAAUGCUUACUUUGUUGUAUAUAAACAAACAGUUGAGGGGCGAAGAAAGAGCAUAGGAGGAUAGGCAGGGAAAGCAAAAUAGGGAUUUCUUUUCUCAGUAGAUUAGGCAUUGCUACGUGGAGUUUUUUCCAGAAAUAGCACCUUUAAAAAAAAAAAUUACAAAACUAGCA